CAUUAUUUUGUAUCAUAUGUACAUAUUCCAGUCUGGGGAUAGUUUCAUAUGUUCAUCACAAAUCAUAACUCUGUAAUAGAAAAUUAAAUAAAAAUCCAUAAAAAAUGGUUAAACCAAUUCGUAAAAAUCCAAAUAAAAAUCCGCCCAUAUUAAGUCAUGAAUUUGUUAUACAAAAUCAUGCGGAUAUUGUGUCAUGUGUUGCAAUGGUAUUCGUAAUUGGAUUAAUGAUACCCACGACAGCACCGUUGGCAUCAUUAUUCAUUGUCUUACAAAAUAAUGUUACAGAACCAGAACCUGGAACCCAUAUUUUAUAUAUGCCAGGUGUUACCGAUUUGUGUACAGUAAUUUUUUACAGUUUGAUCUGUAUUGUAAUUCAUGCAAUUGCCCAAGAAUAUUGCUUAGAUAAAAUUUCAAAACGUUUACAUUUAUCUAAAUCAAAAUUGUCAGUCUUUUCGCAAAGUGGUCAAUUAGCUAUUUAUUACUUGUUUGCAAGUGUUUGGGGCCUUGAUAUUUUGAUCAGAGAAGGGUACAUUCUAAGCCCAACAUUAUUAUGGGCUGAUUAUCCUGCACCGUUAUCUGCUCAACAUAAAUUGAUUUUGUUGAUUCAAAUUGCCUACUCAAUUCAUGAAUUACCUGAAUUAUAUUUACAACGAGUACCACAAGCGCAAAUUUUCAACAGCGCAAUUACAUCAGUUGUUAGUGCUGUAUUUGUAACAACAUUAUACUUCUUAAACUUAAACCGAUUACUGUUAUGGUUACUUGUUUUACAUUAUCUCUCUGAAUUAAUCUCAAAUUUAACUCAAAUUGUUCAAAUUAUCGAUAAAGAAGAAAAAUUAUCAAAAGCUACAUCUUUGGUAUCUAAUGUAUUUUUGGUUUUGGCACGUUUGGGAAGUAUUGUUCUAGCUGUACUCACUUUAUGGUUUGGAUUAGCUCAAGAAAGUUCGUUACCAGCAGAUACACCAGGAAAUUAUAAUAUUCCACCAGUUAGAUUAGGAGCUUUAAUUGCAAUUGUUUCUUUACAAAUAUAUUUAAUGUAUAAUUUCAUCACUCAGCAAUUAGAACAAGCCCGAGAAAAUAAUUCAAAUGCAGCGAAAACUAAUUUGGCCGCUAAAGUUAACAAACAACGUAAAGAGAAAAAGAAGGCAAAAAAUCCAAAACCAAAAGAAUCUGAUUUACCAGAAGUUGAUCAAAAUACCAAUAAAAAUUUACGUCAACGACCACAACAAAAAGCUAAAUAAACGAGAUUUGGUACGAAAUAACUAAAGAAGAAAAAGAUCCUCUUUGUACUGUGUACAAAAACAUUACGAUUAUUAAGAGCAAUUUUCGUUAUAACGUCAUCAAUUCAAUAUUUUGUAUGUUUACAAAUUUUUUACUAAAAAAAAAAACAAAAACAAAUAAUUUUCAGAUUUAUUUAUUUUUUAACAUCGUAACAGGUUGCAUUUUAAUAAAGCAAUAGAAUUUUUAAUCUGA